AAUGUGACCUACUUGGUGCCGGUAUUCUGUGCGGUUUCUUUCCUUCAGAAUGGCGGGUCAGUCCAUCACAGACCUCCCGACUCCUGCGCUCACUGUGGACCUUGAGAAGGUGAAGCAGAACGCGCGGGUGAUGCUGGAGAAGUUUCAGAAGCUCGGGGUGCAGCUCCGACCUCACAUGAAAACUCACAAAACUCUCGAGUGUGCGGACAUCAUGACCGCCGGCUCGCGGCGCUGCAUUGUGGUGUCCACUUUGGCCGAGGCCGUCUUCUACGCUGACCGUGGGUUUGAAGACAUCCUGUACGCCUACCCCCUGCCCUUCGACAAGGUGGAGCGCUGCGCUCAGCUUUCGGAACGCCUGACGCUCUUCCAGGUGUUGCUGGACAACAGCGCCGCCCUGGAGGAGCUGAGGAAGCGGCCGCUGAAAGGGGGCAAAGACUGGCACGUGUGGCUGAAACUCGACUGUGACAACAAGAGGGCGGGAGUCCCUCAUUCUGACCCUGCCGCCCUGCACCUCGCCCUGGCCAUCUCGCAGACUGAGGGGGUGGAGCUGACGGGGGUGUACGCCCACUGUGGAAACACCUACAGCUGCUCAGGGGUGGAGCAGAUCAAAGCCGUUGCUGCAGCAACCACCACCUCCACCCUGCAGUUCAUGGAGAAGCUUAAGGCCAAUGGCAUUCAUGGCGUCAAGUCCAGCAUUGGCUCCACCCCUUCCUGCAGUCACCCAGUGCCAGAUAUGGCACUGCUAAGUGAAGUGCAUCCUGGGAACUACAUCUUCUAUGAUGUGCAGCAGUCUCUGAUCGGCUCCUGUCAGCUGGAGGAUGUGGCUGUCAGGGUGUUGACCAGGGUCAUAGGUCACUACCCUCACAGGAACCAGCUGCUGGUGGACUGUGGCUGGACCGCUCUGAGUCUGGACGGGGGGGGGCGCCUGCCAACGGGAUACGCGCUGAUCGAAGGCCACCCCGACCUCAAGCUGCUGUCCAUGACUCAGGAGCACGGCAGGAUCGAACCCGUCUCUGGCAAGCUGGACUACGCCAAGUACCCGCUCGGCUCCCUCCUCUCCCUCAUUCCUUACCAUGCAUGUGCCACGGCUGCCAUGCACCCUGUCUAUUUCGUCCACUCUGAGGGAAUGGUCGUGGACAUGUGGACACCCACCCGUGGCUGGUAAAACAACAGACCUGCAGGUCGUCCAGCAGCCUCCCCCAGCGGCCUUUCUGGGUGUGGAGUGGUUUCCAAUCAUGCAUUUAAGUAAAGGGACAGAUAGAUGCAACAAAUGAUCUAUUUUAGGAAGCUAUCAAUAAUUUUGCUGGUAAAUAAUAGAACUUGUCCUGUCUUUAUAACUAUCUUCCUGAAUUAAUACCUGGACUGAUUACUGAACAGCUAGAUACCUGUUAAGUCUUGUUGAGCUACUCUCUAGUGAUCUGUAAAAUGAUCUGUA